AUGACUGGUACUACUGCUAAUCACACUAUCGAGAAGCUGAGACAUUGCUUUGCAACUUUCGGACUUCCAAACACUGUUGUUACCGAUGGAGGACCACAAUUUAGAUCUGAAGAAUUUUAUAGUUUUUUAAAACAUAAUGGAGUUCACCACAUAUUUACUCCUCCGUAUCAUCCUGCAUCCAACGGUCUUGCUGAACGAGCAGUUCAGACAGUCAAGGAUGCGUUCCGCAAGCAAAUGCUUCAUGACGCCAAGCAUAACUGUUCCCGAAGUACACAACAUCGUAUAGAUUCGUUCCUCUUCGUUUAUCGAAACACCCCACAUUCUAUCACUGGCAUGACACCUUCAGAAGCUAUUACUCACCUGAACCCACUAAAACCCCAUCUGGCAUCAGAAAUAGAAGUGAAGCAAGAUAGUAUCACUAAGUUGGCUAACAAAAAUCGAGGGAAGCCUAGAAACUUCAAUUUGGGAGAACAGGUAUUAGUGCGUUCAGUACGCAAGGAGAUUAUACGAUGGCAUCCCGGGGUUGUUACUAAGAUCAUAAGUCCUGUCACAUAUUUGGUGAAAGUAGAAGGCCGGACAAGGUUUGCACAUGCUGACCACCUUAGAACAAGUCACUUGAAAAGCGAUGAAGAAGAGGACGAUCCAAGAGAAAUUUAUUCACGUCCUAAAGAGAUAACGUUACAACAUGACGAUGCAGCAAAAUCUCCAUCAUCACAUACCAGACCACUAUCAGAUGCUGUCAUUCGACGCUCUCAAAGAACCUGCAGAAUGCCAGCAAAAUUAGAUCUAUAA